CAAGAUGGCGAUGGAGAUGAGGCUUCCCGUGGCUCGCAAGCCUCUUAGCGAGAGCGUGGGCCGCGAUACUAAAAAACAUCUGGUGGUUCCGGGGGACACAAUCACCACGGACACGGGAUUCAUGCGGGGCCAUGGAACUUACAUGGGGGAAGAGAAGCUCAUUGCAUCCGUGGCCGGCUCCGUGGAGAGGGUAAACAAGUUGAUCUGUGUGAAAGCUUUGAAAACCAGAUACAAUGGUGAAGUAGGAGACAUUGUGGUGGGGAGAAUCACAGAGGUCCAACAGAAGAGGUGGAAGGUGGAGACCAACUCGAGGUUGGAUUCAGUCUUGCUUCUGUCAUCCAUGAACCUUCCUGGAGGAGAGCUGAGAAGAAGAUCUGCGGAAGACGAGCUGGCCAUGAGAGGUUUCUUGCAGGAAGGGGAUCUCAUCAGUGCGGAGGUGCAGGCGGUGUUCUCAGAUGGAGCGGUGUCGCUGCACACGAGGAGUCUGAAAUACGGCAAACUCGGCCAGGGGGUGUUGGUCCAGGUUUCCCCCUCCCUGGUCAAGCGGCAGAAGACUCACUUCCAUGACCUGCCAUGUGGGGCCUCAGUGAUUCUGGGGAACAACGGCUUCAUCUGGAUCUACCCAACGCCGGAGCACAAAGAAGAGGACGCGGGGGCCUUCUCUGCCAACCUGGAGCCCGUCUCCCUCGCCGACCGAGAGGUGAUCUCCCGGCUCCGGAACUGCAUCGUCUCACUGGUCACCCAGAGGGUGAUGCUGUAUGACACCAGCAUCUUGUACUGCUACGAGGCGUCCCUUCCGCAUCAGAUCAAAGACCUCUUAAAGCCAGAAAUAAUGGAGGAAGUAGUUAUGGAAACGCGCCAGAGGCUUUUAGAACAGGAGGGGUGAGGAGAGACAUCUGAAGGACGGGAUGGUGUGCACCUGACCCGAGCUGUUCUUGAAAGUGAAGAAUCCGAUUUGUGGUCCCUGUGUGGCUCCGUGGAGAACUGUGACACUCACCACCUGACCUACAUCAGGCUACGUCUGGCCUCAAAGACUGGCUUUAUCCUGAUCUAGGGUGGAGCCUGGGGAAGCGCUGCCGGCCCCUUGGGUUGCCUGCAGAGUCGGGCAGUACGGGUACUUGCAGGCCUUGAUUUUUUUAUUUUUUUAAUUAUUACUAUCUUUUUUUUUUUUUUUUAAGCUUCAAGUCUUUACAGGCACACAGUGUUUCAGCCAAGUGGACUCCCAUUCUGGAAUAAUACGGAGAAUCUUUUUCUUCUAUUCACCAUCAGUGAAUCACCAUCACAAGGCACAGUGCCCCCAUGAAAUGGUCCCUGUAAAAAACACAGCCUCCCUAACCUGCAAACUGUUUUGGCCUCUGUCCCCACUCCUGCAGCGCAAGUAGGACACUGAAGAAUAUAGUUAGUAACUUUUUUUUUUUUUCGAGAGAGAGAGCGAGCACACACGCGCGAGCAAGCACGCAUGCUUGUGCUGGAGCAGGGAUCUUCAGCAGGCUCCAUGCCCAGGGCAGAGCCAACACAGGGCUCUGUC